GGGGCGAUGACGCGCUAUUGAGCGCGACGUGAGUGAUGGGUGGAGCGUGUCACAAAGCUGGUCGCCGGGGAGACGGGGCGUUCGCCUAAAUCGCCGGGCGGCGGCGGCGGGGAGGGAGGAGGGAAGGAAGGAGAAGCAGCAGCAGUUGGCGCGGCGGGUAACCAUGGGGACGUUGGUCGGUGCGAUUGACCAGGGCACCAGCUCCACCAGGUUCUUGGUCUUCAAUCCCAAGACAUCUGAGGUCGUUGCUCAACACCAAGUGGAAAUUGCACAGCACCUUCCGAUGGCAGGAUGGGUAGAAGAGGACCCCAAAGAAAUUUUGCAUUCUGUUCUUGAAUGUAUUGAGAAGACAUGUGACAAACUGAAACAACUUGGGAUAAGUACUUCCAGUAUUAAAGCCAUUGGAGUCAGCAAUCAAAGAGAAACAACAAUCAUGUGGCACAAAUUUACAGGAUUACCACUCUACAAUGCAAUCGUGUGGCUUGACCUCAGGACACAGUCAACUGUGGAAAAACUUAUCAACCAAGGACCAAAGAGAGACAAAAAUAUUCUUCAGGCACAAACUGGCCUUCCAAUCAGCACCUAUUUCAGUGCUGUAAAACUGCGGUGGCUCCUUGAUAAUGUGGACGCUGUUAAGGGAGCCGUAGCCAAUAACCAGGCUUUGUUCGGAACUGUUGAUUCUUGGCUUAUUUGGUGUUUGACAGGUGCGAACAAUGGUGGUGUUCACUGCACAGACGUGACCAAUGCCAGCAGAACUCUGCUGUUCAACAUCAACACCCUUCAGUGGGACCCAGAUCUCUGCAAGUUCUUUGAUAUUCCAAUGAGCAUUCUUCCAGAAGUGAGAAGUUCAUCAGAAAUUUAUGGAUUAAUAAAAUGUGGGGCACUGACCAACGUACCCAUUUCAGGAUGUUUAGGUGACCAAUCUGCUGCCUUGGUCGGGCAAAUGUGCUUUAAACCUGGAGAAUCAAAGAAUACAUACGGUACAGGCUGCUUCCUCUUGAGUAACACAGGUCGGAAGCCUGUGAUGUCUCAACAUGGCCUUCUGACAACGAUAGCAUAUAAAUUGGGCAAGGACCAGCCCACGUUCUAUGCACUGGAGGGAUCAGUCGCAAUAGGUGGUGCUGUAGUGCGAUGGUUGCGAGAAAACCUUCGUAUCAUUAACUCAGCCGAUGAAGUUGAAAAGCUCGCUGCGUCUGUGGGCUCCUCUCACGGCUGCUAUUUUGUUCCGGCCUUCUCGGGAUUAUAUGCACCAUAUUGGGAACCGAGUGCAAGAGGAAUAAUAUGUGGUAUUACCCAGUUUACAAAUAGAAAUCACAUUGCAUUUGCUGCACUAGAAUCUGUGGCCUUUCAAACGCGCGAGCUUCUUGAGGCCAUGAACAAAGACUCUGGGAUCACUCAGAUCAAUCUCAGAGUGGACGGAGGAAUGACCGGCAACAAGAUAAUGAUGCAACUUCAAUCAGAUAUUCUUGGUAUACCAGUGGUAAAACCAGCCAUGGCAGAAACAACUGCACUAGGAGCAGCCAUGGCGGCUGGUGCCGCAGAUGGCAUUGGAGUCUGGAAUCUGUUUGACGACGGUCCCUUAAUCUCAGCGUGGGAGAAGUUUGAACCACAGAUAGAGAUUGAGGAAAGCAACAAACGGUUCGAUCGCUGGAAGUUAGCAGUACAAAAAUCAAUGGGCUGGGCAAAGCACGGUGACGAGGAUUCUGAGUCUGCAGAGAGCUGAAGGAAGUAACGUAAAAGGACAGAAAGAUGCCGUAUGUGCUUUAUGAUCUUUUGGCUUCAGACGGACAGGCAAUACGACCGUUCCUCAGAGCUUCCACUGUACCAUCUUCCUCACGAAUCGUUUGCCUUUUAAUAUUUGGACAUGACAAAUCAUAAGUAAAGCAUUAAUUGAAAGUGCCUUUCAGGUAUUAUCGAGAUGCAGAAAUGAGUGCUGGUACUUUAAUUUCAGAAUCUAAUAGAGAAAAACAAAGUUUAAGAAUUGUGACGGAAUAUUAGACUAUGAAAUGGGAUCAAAUAUAUCGUAGUGGAAUUAUCAAAUGCACCGUAUAAAAUUAAAAGUUCAGGGCUUGCGAUUUUGCACUCUCAAACUGAGACUGUUCUUCCCUGAUAUGUUUCGUGCCGGAUGCUGAGUGUGUGAGGGUUAAAUCCCAACACUAGAUCGUUUUCUCAUCCUGCUGAAGAGUCCUUUACGACCCAGUGUGUUUUCCUAAAAGUGACGAGUCGGGGACAGAAUUGACUUAAGAUUACGGACACACGAGGAAUUCAGCAGAGUGAGAAACUAUAGGGAGAUGCAGCCCGGAGAAGGGGAGGAAUCGGUAAUUAACUAAGUGCACAACACAAUUAGAAUGCUGCUUCAAAUCACCUACGCAAUCAAUUUUGAUGUUAGGAUCAAGUUAUGACAGUUAAUUGUAAUAUUAAUAAAGUGCUGCGAUCCCCUGGAGAGAUUCUACAGAAAGCCCUUGGAAAUGCAGAUACAAAUGCAUGACUUGACUCGGAUGACUUUCGCGUGGAUCAUUGUUUGCGAACCUAGGACCAGAUUGAGAAAUCAAAACAUUUUAAUCAAACUAGUUUUAUCGAUGACAGCCAGAUGACCGUAUUUGAAUUAAAUUGAAAUGUUAAAUGAUUUAGGGCGAUUUUUGGAAAGAAUCAGACUCGGUUCAACUCCUGCAGGAGUAUAAAGAAUUGACUACAUUAGGCCUAGAUUCUGAAGGAAAAUGAAUAUAAACAUAUAAUUAAAUGGAUGUUCUGAAAAUAAUUCUGUAAAUUGCUUGAAAGUUUAUCAAAUCAGCUGAUUCGGAAUUCUUCAGCCUGACUCCAAAAAAAGUACUUGAGUGCAGGCUGCAUUUGGUUUGGCACCUUUAAUUCCUUGCGAAUAAACGAAUACGCAGCAGAAGCGCCAGUCGUGCCUUAAUGUGACGAAGUAAGACUGAAAUAAAAAGACUCGAUGUAAAGCUGAUAAAAGUACAUCUUGCGAGAACACCUGUGAGUGGUUUCAUGAGACAGUAAAAAUUGUAUGAGACAGUAACAAAAAACUUGGAGAAAUUGUAGCAGCGGAUUUGUGAUUUAAUAUAAAAGGCCACGUAUCGAUCUGCCAGCCAAUGACACCGAGUGCCCAUUUUAGAUUUAAGAUUAUGACGCACCUUGGGUCUGAUUACCACGACAAGCCAGCUAACGUGUAACCAGGUAAAGGUGUAGAUGUAAUCAAAAUUCAGUGGUAUGUUAUCAGCUCACGGUAACCGAUUAUAUUCUUUGGACAGGAAAAUCCUUUGCAAAAUGACAAAAUCAUUUAAUUUUCUGUAUCGCCGUUUUGUUUCCCCAAAAAAAUCGCAAUGAUAAUAGGUGGGUCAGAAAGUUAACAUUUCAUCCAAGGGUAAUAGUGAAAUCGCCCGACGGGUUCAGCAUCGAGAGAUGUUAUCGUCCUGCAGGUUGGCACGAUGCUCCUUGAGUUGUUGGACCUCAGAGGAACGCGUAGCACAUUUAAGGAUAUGUCUCUUGGGUCGUCACUAAUUGAGAACGAAUCAGCUGUUAGUUAACCCUUGGCUGCUGCUGUGUCUUAAGAUAAAGCGGUUGAGAAUAUUGAAUGAAAUAGCCAUUUGGCACUCAAGUAUCUGACGAAAAAAUGCGAGUCAAAUUCUCCCCACGACACCAGUGAAGAGGAAGAAAUGAGAACUGCAAGAAUGUCAAAAUGCAUGUUCAAAGAUCUCCAGCUCUGUACAUUUCAUUUCACCCGACAGCCACUGUUCUGCAUGUACCGGCAGUAGGCAAUCGGAUCUCCUCGCUUAAGUGGAUCGACUGCUUUUCAGACCAUUUGACGAACGGUGCUCAUCAGAUCCAGGCACGUGACUGAUGCGUGUUUUUGCUAAUUAUAAUCGAAAUCUAUUUAAGGGAACGAAAAGAAGGCGGCUCGCUUCUAAACUAAGGUAUCUAGGUAAAACUUAUUGUGAAAAAAAAAACUCUCGGUGCUUGUAAAUUGGAGGAAACCAGUUUGUCCAGAGGAAAAUAUGCUUUAAAUUGAGUCUAGAUUUUUAAGAAAUGCUGGUUUCUUUGUGCAUGUAUUUUUAAACUUGUAUUAAUGAUCAACUGAAUAAAGGUCGGUCUCUCAG